AAACAAUCGAAAAUUUCAGUUGCGCGCCGUUGCUGGUCAAAUUGAGAGGAGGAAUGUCUGGAAAAUCGUCUUUAGCAAUAGAUAGACCAGCAAGAAAAUGUCGGAAAGCUUCUUAUACAACCGCCCUUUACAAAAAACAUAAAGCGAAAGAAAAGGAAAGUCAGGUAAGGGCAAUCCUGAAGAAGAACCAGGCUGAUAGGAGUUCAGAGGAGGAACGCAUCAUCAAACAAAACAAAAAGGUUGUCAAGGUUCUCGAGAAGAGGGCGCAACUGAGGGAGCUCAAUCGUCAGAAAUCGCAAGAGGUUCAAGAUUCUGCUGAAGAACUAGAAAUCAAGGUUUCAGAGCUUGCAGAAGCAGUAAAGCAUGCAGAGAACCUGGUCAUCUACACAGGAGCUGGAAUUAGUACAGCAGCCUCGAUCCCCGACUACAGAGGACCAAAUGGAGUAUGGACAUUACUUCAACAAGGGAAAGGGAGCUCACUUCAGAACAGCUCUUUGGUGGAUGCAGAUCCAACCCUUACUCACAUGGCUCUAGCCAAACUUGUGGAAGAAGGCAUGGUGAAGCACAUUGUAUCCCAGAACUGUGAUGGCCUUCACUUGAGGAGUGGGGUUCCUCCGGAUAGGUUAUCUGAGCUCCAUGGUAAUAUGUACAUUGAGGUUUGCACAGAAUGUGAGCCAGAGAGGCAAUACGUGCGACUGUUCGAUGUUACAGAACAGACAUCGCUCCGGAGGCAUAAGACAAGUCGGGACUGCCACAAGUGCAAGGAACCUCUAAGAGACACCAUAGUUCACUUUGGGGAGAAGGGAGUGGUAGACAAACCCUUAAACUGGUCUGGUGCCAUGGAUGCUGCUGAGGAUGCUGAUGCUAUACUGUGUUUGGGAUCCAGUCUAAAGGUUCUAAGAAGAUACCAGUGCCUUUGGAACACAGACAGACCAAAGAGUCAGAGACCAAAGUUAUUCAUUGUCAAUUUGCAGUGGACACCCAAAGAUAGCCAGGCAUCCCUAAAGAUCCAUGGACGAUGUGAUGAUGUGAUGUUACUACUCAUGAAACACCUAGAUCUUUCAAUACCUCUUUAUACAAGGGACAGUGAUCCGAUCUUCAAAAUGGCAACUCCUCUGAAGCCCCAUGAAGAGGGCAGCUAUGUGACAAAAUCCCUUAUGGAUGUGACUAGAACAUUGGACUCUGAAACUUCAAACCACAGUGUAGACAGUGUAAUCAAGACUGAACAAGACAGCCUUAGGAGCACACAUGCAUCAAGCACACUCUCAGAAAAUGUUGAAUCCGAACAUGGUUUAGAAAAACAUGAGGACAAUGAAGAUACAGAGGAGGAGAAAGAGAUGGAGGGACAGAAUUUUCCUAUGCCAUCACCAGAGGGCAACGUUCAAGUCGAGGGCAGUAUGCCAGGCUGGUUCGGCAAAGGAUGCAGGAAGAAGGUGGUUAGGAAGGUUGGCAAGAGGAGAAGGCGAUCAAGAGUAUCCAGUGUCGAGCUAGGGAGUUGAUUGUCCCUUGGUCCUGAGCAACAUUUGUGAAAUCAGUCAUCAACAGAACAAGGAAUAUUCUCAGGUUACAUAAUAAAUUUAUCUGCUGCCAGUUUUUUUUUAGUAGUGAAGAAUAUAUUUCAAUAAUAAGAAGCCUUUCUUGUGUAGUACCGGUAUAUCAAAUCAGGAUUCAAUGUCUGUAUAACCUUGCAGAAGGCUUUGGAUAUUUUUGUUUUAUUUGUACUUCAUUCAUCACCAGAGUGGCCAAUUGAAGGAAUUCUAAAAUGAACAAUUUCUACAUCUUUUUACAUUGUUACAUGUUCUUAAUUUCUUAUGCAUAUUUAAGCCCCCAUAUGUAUUUUGUUUUGAAAAUAACACCCAGUUUUUUGGAAAGAGAGUGUAUGUUGUUAAAAGAUUAACUUUUGCAUAGGUGACAUUUUCCAUAGACCCUAACUUUAGAUAGCUUGGCUAUCAAGCUCAAUGGGUUAAUCUUCUUUUGAUCAAUCUGCAAGCUUUUAUAGAAACCACAUGCUUUUUCACGGAGGUUCUCAUAUCCCAUAACCCUUUGAACCCUGCUUUAUAUGGGAUAGUUGUGACUCCUUGCGUUAUUUACACAUAUCAAGUAUAUUGGUAGAAUGAAGUAAUAAAUUUGAAAUUUAUGCAUGAUCUUCUAUUUCCAUGGUACUUGGUUGUAGUUCCUCCAAAAUACUCCUGAUGGAAUUUUAACUGGAGGUUGUGGUGGUUGAGGGUGGAUUUAGGGAGUUUUUAGAAUAGCAGCUUUGAAUUUAUCUGGGUCGGUUUGACAUACCAGGGUAGGGUGGAGAUCAUUCCACAAUGCAAUUGUGCGGGGAAAGAAAGAAAGAGUUUUUUUCCAUUGAGCCUGGAAGAUGGUACCUCAAACUGGAAGGAAUGUCCCUGUUACUGUUUGGCUUAGGUUUAGUGUUUGCUCGGCAUCUAUAUCCAGUUUGCCAUGUAACAUUUUGGAGAAACAGCUUAAACAGUGUGCUUCGCGUCUCUCUUGGAGAGAAUUCCAUUCGAGUGAAUUUAGAAGUUGGGUAACACUUGAUUCUCUUUCAUAUGUAUUUGUUACAAAUCGGGCUGCUUGUCUGUGGACUCGUUCAAGGGAAGAGAUAUUUUUUGAUGUGUAAGGGUGCAGCGACUGCAUAAUCCAGGUGUGGUCGAACAAGGGUAAGAUAGACUCUAGAGUCUCUCUUUGACAGAAUUUGAGCAAUGAUGGAAAUUUCGUUUAAGGAAGCUCAAGACUCCUAUUGCUUUUGUUGUUGCAAGGUGAAUUUGGCUCUUCUAUUGGAGAUCAUGGUGGAUUACAACUCUGAGGUAUUUGGUCUGCUUGCAUUUAUCCAAGGUGACACCGAGGAUAUCAUAUGAAGCUUCACCUGGUUUCUUCUUUCUUGCAACAUGCAUUGAUUCACAUUUCAGGGGGUUGAAAUUCAUUCCCCAGGUUUGUGACCAUUUGACCAUU